AUUCACACUCAGAGUGUCAGUACCUCAGUACUUGUUGCCUUUUAAAAACCAUUACAGAUGGCACAGCCUCUAGGAUGGAGUUUGACAGUAACAAUCGUGUGGUUGGCUCGAUGGUGCUUGAUGAAAUCAUGGGAAUGGAGGAGAGUAAGGUGCUUAGGCAACGCUUAAGUUAAUCUCAUGCCUUCCCAUCAAGCCAAGCAGUGCACUAAGGAGCUAUUCACAACAGAGGAAGGAAAAGAUGCAGUUCAAGAUGGGGAGCGUCCUGCUGUCCCUUCUUUUCUGGUACAAAGCAGUGAUGGCCCUCUCCCCAGGAGAGGAUGAGAGACUGGAGCUGUGGCACAGCAAGGCUUGCAAAUGCGAUUGCCAAGGAGGCCCCAACUCGGUGUGGUCCAGCGGGACUAACGGCUUGGAGUGCAUGCCAGAGUGUCCCUACCACAAGCCCCUGGGCUUUGAGUCUGGUGCCGUCACCCCAGACCAGAUCAGCUGCUCCAACCCUGAGCAGUACACGGGCUGGUACUCCUCCUGGACAGCCAACAAGGCCCGCCUCAACGGCCAGGGCUUCGGGUGUGCGUGGCUCUCCAAGUACCAGGACACUGCACAGUGGCUGCAGAUCGACCUGAAGGAGGUGAAGGUGAUUUCGGGGAUCCUCACCCAAGGGCGCUGUGACGCUGACGAGUGGAUGACCAAGUACAGCGUGCAGUACCGCACCGACGAAAACCUCAACUGGGUGUACUACAAGGACCAGACCGGGAACAACCGGGUUUUCUAUGGCAACUCGGACCGCUCGUCCUCGGUGCAGAACCUGCUGCGGCCGCCCAUCGUGGCGCGCUACAUCCGCCUGAUCCCGCUGGGCUGGCACGUGCGCAUCGCCAUCCGCAUGGAGCUCCUCGAGUGCCUGGGCAAGUGUGGCUGAGCGCCGUGGCCGGGGGCUCGGGGCUGUCUGCCUGCCCCUGCCC